AUGUCGAACGGGACGAGGCGUCGACGUCGACGAGACCGCGCGUACGCGCAGUACGCUGUCGUCAUGCUGGGGCGACAACGUGUGUUCCGGGACCGCCUCGAUCCGCUGGAAGAAUUCGACGAGGAUGCGCUGCAGCAACGAUUCCGGUUUGGUCGCGCGGGAAUUAUGUUUCUCGCGGAGACGCUGCGCCAUGACUUGGAGCGGUCGACGCGUCGCAGCUGCGCCUUGUCCGCAGAGCAGCAGGUGAUCGUCGCUCUGCAAUUCUACGCCACAGGCAACUUCCUCAUCACUGCAGGCGACUACGUCCACGUGCAAGUCUCUAGUGCUUCACGGUCCGUGAGGCAGGUCACCGUAGCUCUGGCACGUCGAGCAAGGGACUUCAUACGGUGGCCUGACGUCGCAGAGAGUGCUGCCUUGCAGGAGCAGUUCUUUGACGUAGCCGGGUUCCCUUGUGUCGUGGGUGCUGUUGAUGGCACCCACAUUCGAAUCCAGGGACCGCGCGUGCACGAGGAGGUGUACGUGAACCGCCACCUGUACCACUCCAUCAACGUACAGUCAAGCUGGCCGAUGGCAUCUACGAUGGCCUAUUGCUCGGCGACAGCGGCUACACCUGCCAGCCGUGGCUGA